GUAAGUAAAAACCGUCGUUAAACGAGAACGAAACGUUCUGUGCAAAUUAAAAUUGUAAAUAUUACAAACGGAAUUAAAUGUAGCUAAUUAGAAAUUUGUGCAAUCAAAAGCGUUUUAGCUCCUCCUCAAGGUGAUCAAGUUUGGAAAAGUUUAUACUAACGACAAUUUAGUAAUUCGGAGCCUAUUUAACGCAUGUAAUAGAAGCAACUAGCUGAGGGUGUGUAUGUCCGUCCGUGGGACUAGGCUGGCGCAGCAGCAGAUCGCUGCUUGUGACAGCUGCUGUCAGCGCGUGUCGUAGUCGUCGCUGCUCACGUUUGUUAAUGUGUUAUUCUCAGCCAUGCAAUUAGAUUUUUAGACGCUGAAUUUGAAAAAGUCAACUGUGAGAAAACUAAGUUUAGUAGUAAAUUGUUGUUGCAAACAGGUGGAGUAUUUUUGACAAUCAUAAGUUUCAGUUAAAUUCGAUAUAUUUUAAUGGAACCGUUUGGACACUUAAAUUCGAGUACAAAUAAUAAUUUCACAAACGUUAACUAUAUACCAAUUGGUGGAGGUAAAAUAGAAGCCCCUACACAAACAGAAAGAGGACUUUGUGAGCACGACGCAAUACAUCCACGACUUUUAAAAAAACAUCAAAACGAGGGAGUGAAAUGUUUGAGCUGUGGACAAGUAUUUGAAUCAACUUCUUUGCAUGAAAUUUUUGAACAUUACUCAAACGUUGCGCAUAAUAAUAGCAUAGGAAAGUGCUGUUAUUGCGGUGGUAAAGUUCAUCAAUAUCAAUAUUGUAAGGAUAUUCACACAUAUCAUAGUUGUACCCGUGCGAUUGGGGAUAUAGACAAAUAAUAGUUUUAAGGAACGAAAUAUGGAUUCAGAAAAUGUUGAUACCUACUUCAUCGCCGAACGUUUGGAAAGUGGUAGUGGAGAUUCGGGCGAAUCGGAAUGCUCUGAUAAUGGUGGUGGCAUCGAUGAUGAUUCUAGUAGUUUGAGUUCGCGCACCACUGGUGGCAAUGGUUAUGGUAAACGUUGGUCUCGAGCUGAGGAUAAUCUUUUAAAAGGGUUGGUGGGACAAUAUGGCGAUCAGUGGGAAUUGAUUGCGCCACAGUUUAAAGAUCGUACCGAACAGCAAGUACAACAGCGUUGGGCUAAGGUAUUAAAUCCAGAAUUAAUCAAAGGUCCUUGGACAAAAGAGGAGGAUGAAAAAGUUGUUGAACUAGUACGACGAUUCGGUCCAAAAAAAUGGACAUUGAUUUCGAGAUACUUAAAUGGUCGUAUUGGUAAACAAUGCCGUGAACGUUGGCAUAAUCAUCUCAAUCCUAAUAUUAAGAAAACUGCAUGGACGGAAGAGGAGGAUCGUAUAAUCUUUAAUGCUCAUAUGGAAUGGGGCAAUCAGUGGGCGAAAAUAGCUAAGCUACUACCAGGACGUACAGAUAAUGCCAUAAAGAACCACUGGAACUCCACCAUGAGACGCAAAUACGAUCCACAUCGCUUAAGAGUUCUUGGACGCCUGUGUCCUGAUUUACAAGAUUCUCGAUCAAAUCUGAAAGCUCUGAUAAAAGCGAGUGUCGGAGCAUCUACACAACCGCAAGUACAAGCACCUGCUCCAACUCUGUCCCUGUCGGCACAAAUACUACAGCGUCCUCAAAUGCGACAGCAAAACGAACAGAAUCACGAGCAGCCGAGUACAUCGGCCGUCGCGGCAAUGCAAAUAUCAGCACAGCAACAAGUCGUUAAGCCACCACCUACACGCCCGCCACCAAAUAUAUUGAAGCGUGCGCGUCCGCAAACGGAACAACAACAACAAUACUUAGAAAUGUGCACAACAAAUACAAUUUCAACAGUUGGCUUUGAUAAUAUGGGUGUAAUUUCCAGUCAGUGGUUAAAAUCGGAAGCGAAAUUGCCAGAGUCACCGGUUAUGACACCCAUAAAACCCUUACCAUUUUCACCAUCACAAUUUCUCAAUUCACCAUGUCUACCGUCGUUUGAAGAUAUAAGCUUACGUGCCAGCACGCCUGUACACAAAGGUAGUGGGCGACCCGGAGUAGAAAUCAAAAAGGAGUUGGAAAGUUCAUCAAUUGAAACGCCACAAAAAAGUAUUUUAGGUCCACGUACGCCAACACCUUUCAAGGAUGCUCUAGCCGCGCUAGGGAAGAAACGACGUUACAUUCCACCAAGUCCUUCCUCCUUAGUAGAGGAUUUGGCCGAAAUAAUUCAUGAAGAACAAGUGAAUGACUCAAAUAAUAUGAUUAUUAAAAAAGAGAAUAUCUCAUCGGAUGCGGACUUGACUAAUGAUGGAUCUAGAAGCACCGUUGGCGGUGGUGGUUCCACAACACAACCAACAAAGAAGGCACGAAAGUCAUUGAUCACCAGCUGGGGUGAAAAUGUUAUGCCCAGCAUGGGUGUCAAACAUGAAAAGAAACCAUUACCUUACGAAACUGAGACUCCGAGUAAAUUUCUUACAUCCAACGAGUCAAUUGCUUUCUCACCCACAACUAUAAUUAUGAAAGAUACCUUAUGCAGUGAGGCUGACCUACUACUUGAAACCAAUGAAGAAGCCAAAAAAGAAAAUAGUCCACAACAGCGACAACGACAACAACAACAGAGUCAAAAUGUAUUGUCGAUAUUGCCGCCGCGUGAACGCAAUGGACAACAAUAUUUGGAUCCCAAAUGGGAGCGCUUAGCAUGCGGUCAAACCAAGGAUCAACAAUUCAUGGUGCAACAAGCGCACGCGUGCUUAAAGAAUUUGUCGCUAAUGCCGCGCUCGCUGAACUUUGAGAAGCAAAAAUGACGUGAACACAAAGCGAAAACGUUUCGAGGCAAUUUACUAAACAUAAUUGUUGAAUAAAUAGGCUUAGGCUUAAGAAAAUACCAUACAUACAUGCACAUAAAUGUGUACACACAUUCUUUGAUGCGAGUACACACAGAUAUUUACGAUAUUUGCUUAUUUUUUUAAAUUAUUGUUUCUACGCUACGAUUGUUAUCGUGUUAAUUAUUAUAAUUAUUAUUGUACAAUAUACAUACAUAAAGUACACGCACAUAAGGUUUGCAGUUGGUGGCAUGACUAUGCCACUUUCACACAUUUUUAUUUAUUACAAAAGGGUAUAUUUUUUGUAAAAAGGCAUUUGCAGCCGUUGCACAGCGAUAGCAUAUAGAAAUUAAGUCCAAAGAAGUUUGAGAAAUUUAUCAGUACUCGAAGCAUGUCUUAUAAAAUGGUGUUUGCAUGUAUUUUUACAAAUGUAUAUACAUAUAGUACAUAUGCGUCAGCCAUUUACACAUCAUGUAUCAAUGUGUAAGUUAUAAAUAUAAAUUGGCUAGUAAGCAAAAUAACAAACCGUUAUUUAAGUUUGUAAAUGCUGAAUUAUUUUUAUUUUAUAUAUAAAGUAAGAAAAAGUUAUAAAUUAGCAGUAAAAACCCGGUGCACUCCUAUCAUGUAAUCCAAGAACUUAAAUUAUUAACAAUACAUAAACGAAUAUUGUAUGUACCUACUCAAAACGAGAACACAAAGCGUAUCUAAACUUUUU